ACGUUGCCAGGUGUCGCCCGCCGCCGUGCUGCCCUGGCUGGGGACCGUACAUAGCUGCAGUCACACUUGGCGUUUCUUAAGUGUGUCUGUAUACCACUGACGGCCUCUUAAUUAAGCCGUGUUAACACAGUUCUUGCAGUUUCAGCCUUCUGAAAGAUCACAGGCAGCUGCAGUGGCUCCAGAUGAUGCCGUGAAGCUUAUCAUUGUUGAGUGUCAAGGUAACCAUCUACAGAAAAGAAGUCAAAAUGCCGUUGAAUUGGACUACGGUUGUCAUUGUCUGUUGCUUAACGGUGGCUGUGUUGGGUGAUUUGAAUGAUGGCUCUCAGGAUUGCCAAGGGUUACUGGCACCCAAUAAGACGUGCAUUCCUCAAAACGACAUUGACAUACACUUAAAUGCCUCGUUACCAUGCAUCUUUGAGUGCAAAUAUGAUGUUUCACAGCAAAUUUCCUACUUUCAGUCCAGUUUACUGCGUCUGGGAAUUCAUCUUCACUAUAAGCAUCCGUCUCAUCAUCCAACAUUUGUCUCGGUGCAGCAGCAAUACUUCCUGAGUUCUUGGACUCUUCCAAUAAUGUUUCCUGUACACAGAGAAAAUCAGAAGUAUACAUCUAUUGAAGAGCUACUGUGUCCUCCCAUAAAAAAUGCAAGCAGUGAGACAGUAUUGUUCAGAAUAACAACUCAAAGUGAUGCACCUGUGUUGAUAAAAUUUAUGCUCAAGAAUGAGAGCUAUGUCCUCAAGAAAGGCAACAAUGUGUCAGUAACUUCAACUCCAGUGUCACCUUGGUACAAACUUUAUCAGUGGGAUGCUUCUGAAUCAUCAGUCUUGGUCACAGCAGACAGUAUAGAUGCCAGUGAAGGUGUUUGUUCCAUUCUUGCCUUGCAGAAUGCACAGUGCCCUGUGGACACAGAUGAGUCUGGACUUAGGUCUGGUCAUGGACGGUACCAAACCUUCACUAGUCGGGCUGGAAUGAUUGCACGGAAAGAUGAGUUUCCAGAUGGUGUACACAUUCUUGUCUUGUCCCUACCUGAUGAUGAACCUUGUACACUAAAUAUUGCAUCUAGGUCCAACCAUACCAGCCGCCAGAAGACAGUUGUACUGCAAGUGUAUGAUCAUGCUACAAUAUGGUCAACAUGGCACAUCUUUCUCUUAACAGCUGCAUUUGUGGCAAUAUGUAUAUUUGUCUUCGCAAAAGUAGUGUUGAUUAUAAUUGAGAGAAGUUUGGUACCUAAAAGCAGUGUUGACAGUGAUGAUGAGAGACAGCUAGUAGAAGGAAUGGAAUCUGGCAGUACAAGUGGUGUCAGCAGAAAUCGAUAUGAAGUAGAAGUAGGAGGUGCGGCUAUUUUGUGUGGAGUUGAAAAUCAGAAUUUUACCAGCAGCCACACAGGUUCAGGGACAAGCUUUGAUGGUGCAAGAUUUGAUACAAGAGAAGAAAUUGGAGGAGUCGGAAUAGGAGAAAUUAAUGCCACAAGAGAGGAACCUAGAAUGGGAGUAAGACAAUCAAUUUAUGCCCCAGAAGAAAAUGGAAUAGAAAACAGUAUACCAGCCAAUGCACUACCCAGCAUUGAGAGUCCAGAUGGUCCAGCCUUUCCUCCACCAGCAACUUAUGCUCCUCCUCAAGAUGUUAUGAACUUCAAUGGAUGCUUUAAUCCAAGGUGUGUGUCUGAAAUUGGCUUUCAGAACAAUCUGCUGAUCAUGGGAAUAUUUGCUGCCCUGCCUGUUACAGAACUCAUUAGAUCCUACCUGAAUAUGAUAAUGAAUUACGGGGUAGAGGAUCAGUGUUUUUUUAAUUCUCGUUGUCUUACUGGAUUUGGAGUGGUGCCUGAUUUUUCACGUGUCUUCAGUAACAUUGGCUACAUCUUUGCUGGAAUUGCAUUCACCAUCAUUGUGAGGAAGCAUCAGAAAUUAACUCAUAACAUUCUUAAUGGAUACACUGCUUUUAAUAGUGUUGGAGUAAGUCGACACUAUGGGCUGUUUACUUCACUUGGCUAUGGCCUCAUCAUUGAGGGGAUCAUGUCGGCACUUUAUCAUCUGUGUCCAAACAGUGUUACCAUUAGAUUUGACAUGAUGUUUAUGUACGUGGUAAUGGUGGCAGCUGUAGUCAGCAUAUGGGGCCUGCGCCAUGGAGAUGUUACUCACCAUGUAUACCCAACUAUGGUUUUUGUGGGCAUGACUCUACUACUAGCUGAAGGCCGAGAAUGGUUUAGCAAGAUCUUUUUCUGGUCAAUUGUAUCAGUCUUGUAUGUGUUUAUCCUUUCAGCAAAUACUCUGCUCCUGACACGUUAUGGCAUUUGGUCAUUCUCACCGUACAAAAUGUACCACGUGUGCAAGGGUUGGAAGCCUGUCAAAGAUAAAUUGAAAGCAAUCUUGAGAGAUCAGGACCGCACCUCACGACCCUUGCAAAUAAUUAGGAUUUUUUCUGGAUGUUUGACAAAUGUGAUAUUCAUCGCAUAUGGAUUUGUAAUGGACCCAAAUGUGUACACAUAUAUCCUCAUUGUCUGCCUCUCCAACAUGGGACUCUAUUUUCUGAAUUAUAUGAUGACAAAGAGAAUCUGUUAUAGGGAGAAAGGAACAAGACUAGCAUGGUUCUCUCUCUUUAUGUCAACAUGGCUGUGGAUUGUUGCACUGGUAGUUUUCUCCAUACACAGCAGUAAUUCUGAGGUGUCUCCUUCUUCAUCAAGAGCCAUGAACAGUCCCUGUGAUUUCCUCAUCGUCUAUGACACGCACGACAUAUGGCAUUUUACAUCUGCACUUGCUCUCUUUUUUUUCUUUGUGGGCUUGCUCACCUUGGAUGAUGAUUUGUGCACCACACAAUCGAAAUGUAUUCAUGUCUUUUAGUUGUGUGUGUUUGGCACAGAUGGUAAUACAUAUUAGAAUUUGAUAUUCUUUUAGUGUAGCAUUUGAACAAAAUACAUUUUUUUUUUAACAAGUCAGAUACAAAAAGAAGUUGUAUUUUUUGGUUGUAUGAAGAAUUUAUGUAACAAGAAAAUUAUUUCAAUGACAGUCAAAAAUACAAUGUCAGAUAUACUUUUAAUUAUUGCAUCAUAUUUGGUGAAGCUAAUAUUAUAUUUUUGAGCAGUGCUCUGUUUACAUAAUUAAUAGUUGCUUUUAUAUCAUAAAAGAUUAAGUGUAACAGUAGAUGUUUUAGCUUUCCAUUCCUAUCAGUACUUUCCCCACAGCACUGAUCUGUAAUGCCAUGACUGGCCGUCCUGUCAGGUGGGGAUGUUGGAUGAACCUGUAGCUGGUUUUUUUAUCUACACUGUGUGGUCUUUCAUACAUAAUAGGGUAGCAGCAUAUUGUUGUAUAUACCUAAGCUUGUCAAACAAAAAAGACAUUAUUUGAGAGGAAUCUUAUAGAAACUGAUAAAAAUAAUUAUAAUAUAAUAUUUCCAAGAUUCAAUGCUUAGCUCUUAUGAAAAUCAUAAAGUUAUUAUUUAGUCAAAGUUAAUUUAUUUUUUUAUUGAGGCAGGGAUUUUCUCGCCUGAUUCCAUGUAUGACUAACCAUCCUGUGAGAUGGGAAUAUUAGAUGAACUUAUAGCUAGUUUUUUAUCUACACAGUGUAAUCUUUCAUAGAGAAUAGGGUAGCAGCAUAUUGCUGUAUAUACCUAAGUUUGUUAAUAAAAAAAAAUAAAAAUGUACCUACAUCUAAGCUGCAUGCACCUCAACCAUGUGGCUGGGGUAGAACUUACCUGUAGGCUACUAUGUUUCUCUAGUUCUUGUCACAGACUGGCCUGGGAUCACUCUACUUGAUUAUUGCCUGGUGUACAAGACUCAUAAUUUAGCCUGCAGAGCUACAGAGGCCUGGUUGCAGUGUUUGUUGUGUGUGUCCAACAUAAAGGUAUUUGAGAUUCCAUAAGACAUUCUAUAAGGGUAGUUGAGAUUCUCAACAAGAGAUUGUUUUUCAUCCAUAGUGUUAUAAACCCAUGGACCUACCUACCCACCAAAGAAGUAAAGGCCAAAACACUGCUGAAUUUUAAAAUCCAGCUUCAAAAAAUCAUCAGGACAAAUGGGGGGACCCUUGAUAAGCUGUUGACUUCCUGUCCUCGUCGAGGCCACUAGAGUGUUAGUAGCCCUCGGGUAAAUAUGUGAAGAAGCUGCAUAGUAGUGAUGAGAGAACCAGUAGGGCUGCUACUGCAUCACCAGUAAUGAUGAGAGAAACAGGAAAAUAUGAAAAGUAAAAUAUUAACUAUAGUAAGGGAACACAAAUACUAUUAAAAGAUGUACAGGUUUCACUACAACUUUCCCUUUAAAAGAAGAGCCUAAAAAAAUUCCUUACAAUCUCAUACGCAAGAAUAUAAUGUACCUCUUAAAGUAAAAUUAUAUAUGCCUCAUUAUACAA